AUGGCAGGGGGGGAAGAUUUCGUGGAAUGGGAAGAAGCAGCAGGAGCAUGCGGGAAAACCGGGGAACGUGAGGGGGAGAAUGGAGUGGAACUAGCGCCAGAGUUAGUAGGAGAUGUUGGAGAGAAGGGAGUAGAGGCGAGGGGUGAAGCUGUUAACGGGGAUAACGGUGAUGACUUGUUGUGCGAGCUGGUGGUGGUGUACGAGGGCGAGGCGAGCUAUCGUCGGCUGAACCCUUAUCAGGUCAACCACAUGGCCACCUUCUUCUACAUGUCAUUCAACAAGAUAGUGUUUGGACGAACUGCUGACAUUGACUAUUUAACGAUAACAGGUGUCAACCUCUCAUUGGACCCCAGCACGAAGCCAUGGAGGAGCGUACGCACCACCGACCACUGCGGCACUCAGACAUGGUCGCAGGGCAACAAGGCCGAUCUAGCGUGGUGGCUCUCUCUCUUCCAUCACUACACUGUGGACCUGCCCUAUGAGGACCUGCAGAAGGACGAGCAGGCGAAACACCGCCCUAUUAUUUAUGUGAACACAGCGAACCAUCUUAUGGGGGAGACAAACGCCAACCCCCAGUUCCCACUAACCACCUGGAAGCACUACCCCCUACACCGAGGGGGUCCCCCUGAGGCUGAGCUCUUUGCACGGAAGAGCAUACUGAGCAAGCCCAUUCUGUGGAACCCUUUCCCUGGAUGUUUGAGUCGUUCUUGCACAUGA